AUGUCGGCGUCACAGGUGGAUCCUCGCGACAGAACGAGGGCCAGAGAUGUUAGCAAAGUGACUCGAGGCGAGCAAGCUCCGAGGCCUGCUCAUGAAUACGGCACCGUUUCCCCUCCCCCUCCUCCCUCUUCAACCGAUCAUAUCAAUAUUAACACCAACAAGAACAAGGAGGAAAAGUCAGGGAAACCACAAACUGAUUACCAAACGCGACACUGCUAUGUCAGAUACGUGGACUAUCAUCGGUGCAUUCUGCAGAAGGGCAAAAAAGACCCUGAAUGCGAGAAGCUUGAAACGUAUUAUAGGAAGCUCUGUCCUACCGAAUGGGUUUCGAAGUGGGACGAAGAGAGAGAAGGUGGAGCUUUCCCUGGCGACGUUUAGGAAGAAGCAGGCGUUUUCCUAGUGGGAACGUCACAUAUCAACGAGCCCUUUUGAAAGAUCCUGACUCUGUUUAUUGGGGUCUGACACGAAAAUUGGAUAAUAC